UCAGCCAAACGAGGAAGUAAACAAUCAUGGCUACUUUUGCAUACUCAGAGAAGUCGACAGUAAAACUCAUAAUAUCAGUUUCUUGUGUGUAUGUGUUAGCUAUUUUCUUGGGUACAGUCGAUGCCUUUCCAUCGAGUUACCACAGUCUUCAGGAUACUUCAAAUAGUCGACACCAAAGAGACAUUAGCCCGACUGCAACAACUCAACAGGUCAGGCUUCAUCCGGGGGUUGUCGCAGCUGUGGUUAUCGUUUCAUUGGCUGCAUUGGUGGCUGCAAUAUAUAUCAUUCGGAAAUACUGCUUCCCUCAAAAUGAUGCCGUAUACAGGUAUUCAGUCCUGAGACAGAUGGAGGAACAACGCACAAGUGCUACCGAGGAGAGCCGACUAUCAGAGGAGUCUGACGAGAGAAAGUCGAUUGGGGGAGGCGUUUAACACACAUGUGACUGGUUUGUUUUAUGGGAGGUGACUGUUUUGUAUCCUUAUUGAGCACUAUACCCUGGCUUUGAGAUCUUUGGAACACCUAACCAACCCAUGGCAAUUAGUUGCCUAAUAAGUUACUUAAGCUAAUUUAAGUAAAACAAUUAAAUAUAUAUAUAAGAGUAUGAAAGGGUUGUACUUAAUCACUGGAAUAUGUUUGGUCCUUUUCAUUGCCUGUUGCAUGAUUUAUGUGCAGAAACCUGACUUACAGCCCGUACACCUGCAAGGCAAUGUAAAUCCAAUCUUGAAAUGCCCCUCACAUAAAGGCUGCACCUUCGACCAGUUUGCAUUUUACAUCAGGAGUGGGGUGGCUAAUGUGGUGCCACCAAAGAUCUGCUUUCAAGGCAAAGUCAUCAUAAGUGCAGCAAAUAUGAACACAGGCCCAGGUUUAAACAUUGCGCUGUUGGAUAAUAAAACUGGCAACGUUGUGAGCAGUGAGUUCCACUUCCAAGAAUCAGAUUUGCUGGACUUUCUGAGAGGAAUUAUGCCGGGACAUAUCAUACUCAUCGCUUCAUAUGACAAUCCAGCAUCCAUGCUGACAGGUGAAAUCCGUGAGAUCUUUAUGGGACUUGGAAGCUCCAUUAUUCAAAGAGUAGGAGCUCGUGAUAGUUGGGUCUUUGCGGUUCAGAAGGGUUCGAAAGAAAGACCAUUUGAAAAGUACAUUCCUAAUGAUGAGAAGACCAACACAUACAAGGAGUGGACCGACUAUAUAGAACUGUCAGGAUGCCUUUCCAAGAGGAUCUGAGAGAACUUCCCUUUGGUGACGCCAACAUCUAUUAUAGCUUCCAGGCAUCCACCAAAAUAAACUGAAAUGGACAUUGUUUACAAACUUGCAAAAUGAUGAGUGCAAAAGAAAUGUG